AUGAUUGUUCUCGACACUCGAAAAGCACCAAUCAGUCUCGAUGAGGAGCCCGCUCGUCCUGUCAAGAGAGCCAGAAAAGAAGGGCCCCUCGAUCUCAAUCAGUCAGACUACACCACUGAGGAGCUGAGUUUCCACAAACUCCAGGAGGUUGUGGAGUAUUAUGAGCACAUCGCGCAAAUAAUGCGCUUCCACAUCGAGGAGCAUCGCAUCGGACUGACACGGCUUGACACGUACCUCCAGAUGCUCCAGAGACAAGAGCUUGCUCCCUACAUCAGGAAAGACUCCAGUGAUACAUCCAAAUCGGACGAAUAA